GUUGGUCCAGGUACAGGUAACAUGACGGCCAAACUUUUAGAAAAGGCCAAACGAGUCAUUGCCUGUGAGGUGGAUGCUCGCAUGGUAGCAGAGUUGCAUAAACGAUUUCUGAACACCCCAUACCACUCCAAGCUAGACAUAAGAAUUGGAGAUGUGUUGAAAGCAGACCUUCCAACUUUUGAUAUAUGUGUAGCAAAUUUACCGUAUCAGAUUUCUUCACCAUUUGUCUUCAAGCUGUUGCUUCACCGACCCAUUUUCAAAUGCGCAAUUCUUAUGUUUCAACAAGAAUUUGCACAGAGAUUAGUUGCCAGACCUGGUGAUAAGCUAUAUUGCAGGCUUACUGUUAACACUCAGUUGUUAGCCAAGGUAGAUCACAUCAUGAAGGUUGGCAAAAAUAACUUCAGGCCUCCUCCAAAGGUAGAGUCAUCUGUUGUCCGAAUAGAACCGAAGAACCCAGUUCCAAAGAUUAACUUCUCAGAGUGGGAUGGUCUUCUUCGCAUUGCUUUUGUAAGAAAGAACAAGACUCUUGCAUCAGCUUUUAAACAAGCAUCAGUAAUGCAGACCUUAGAGAAGAACUAUAAAACAUGGUGUUCUGUGCAUGAAAAGAAAAUCCCAGAGGACUUUGACAUAAAAACAAAAGUUGAAGAUAUUUUGGCAGAAGGUGAUUUUGACAAGAAAAGAGCAAGACAGAUGGAUCAGGAUGAUUUUCUAGCAUUAUUACAUGCAUUUAAUAAAGAAGGAAUUCAUUUUGUAUAGGCAUUUAUAAUAUAGAGUUUAGGAAAUUAUAUUAAUCAAUUGCAAGGUCAACAGUUAAUAGCCAAUACUAUUUAGGUAUUUGUACCCUAGUGAAAGAUGGGGAAAUAUAUUUUUGUAAACCUCUAGAUCUUUCA